AUGGCGAGUAUCCUGCGAGACACACCAUGCACCAACAGAGCGGACAUAGGCAGAGCGAUGGUGGCCAGACUGGGGCUGGGGCUGCUCCUACCCAUGAAGAUUUAUUCAAAUCAAACUGUCCUAACACUUCCAAGUAACUCCUCCCAGAAUACCUCGGCUGCCCCCAAUCCAGCUAAUGCCACCGCCAAGGCCGUUGGCAGUGCCCUGCAGUCAACAGCCAGUCUCCUUGUGACCUCGCUUUCUCUUCUACACCUCUACUGUUAAGAGACUCAGGCCAAGAAGUAGCUAUACUUCCCCAUCCUCUAAACCCAAUCCAA